GACAGCUGAGCGCUGCCCGCCAUGAUCUCCCGUCCUGCCGUCUGGACCGCCCGCACCAGCGUGAGCUGCUGGCGACACCGGGCCGCCUUUCAUGCUGCUCUAGAGGCCUCGGCCGCCAUCAGCCGGCGCUGGUCCUCUGCUCCGGUCCGCGGCGUCUCGGCCAUGGAGGACAUACUGGCGAGGGUCGUGGCCCCGCUGCCGUCCUACGAGACCAGGGACAAGUCCCCCCCGCCCCCCGAACCACACAGCCUGGAGUUCAUGAACUUCUACAGAAGUCUGGAGAAGGAGGACAAGGUGGACUUCUUGCUGAAGCUGUCCCAGGACUACGAGGUGGAUCACCAGAGCGUGGCCGAGCUGGCGGUGAAGCUGCUGGACAACCAGCUGCGAGACCUGGCCACCAUCUUGCAGGUGGAAGACAGGCUGCGGUACAGCCUGACGCCCCGCUACAAACACCUGUUCUGUCACAUAAGCAGGGUCGAAGGCGGCGUGAAGUUCCUGGUGGAUCUCCGAGCCGACGUGCUUGAAAUAAUCACGUCCAAAGUCAGCGAGAGCCCGCACAUCAGGGACCUCAAUGGUACUUUGAGGGGUUUAUUGUCUGAGUGGUUCUCCGUUGGUCUGCUCCAUCUGGAGAGAAUCACCUGGCAGUCCCCCUGCGAGAUCCUGCAGAAGAUCAGCCAGUAUGAGGCGGUGCAUCCUGUAAGGAACUGGACUGACCUGAAACGCAGGGUGGGACCAUAUCGACGUUGCUAUGCCUUUACCCAUGCUGCCAUGCCAGGGGAGCCCCUGGUUGUUCUCCAUGUGGCCCUUACCGAGGACAUCUCCGACAACAUACAGAGCAUUGUCCGUGAGUUUGCAACCUUUGAUUCAGAAGAGGAUGUGAAUAAGAUCAAUUCCGCCGUAUUCUACUCAAUCUCCUCAACCCAGGCUGGCCUGCAAGGAGUGGAGCUGGGCAACUAUCUCAUCAAGAAGGUGGUGCGAGAACUGCAGAGUGAGUUCCCUCACAUGGCCCAGUUCUCCAGUCUGUCGCCCAUUCCGGGCUUCUCGUCUUGGCUUCAAGGCCUGCUAAAUCAGUACAGGAAGGAGGGCCGCGGAUUUGACCUCCUGUCCGAGCAAGAGUGGAGGGAAGUGGAAAAGGCCACCGACUCGAGCCCGGGAACCCAGGCUACCGACUCCCUCCGUAAGCUCAUCAGCACCGGCGAGUGGAUGCGCUCCGACAGGCUAUCCAGUGUCCUGGAGCCCGUCCUGAUGCGUCUCUGUGCCUGGUACCUCCACGGAGAGAAGCGGCGAGGUUACGCUCUCAAUCCGGUGGCUAACUUCCACCUGCAAAAUGGUGCCACCAUGUGGCGCCUCAACUGGCGUGCAGACACCAGCCCCAGGGGUGUGGCCAAUUCCUGCAGUAUCAUGGUGAACUAUCGAUACUUCCUCAAAGAGACACCCAAAAACAGUGCUCUGUAUCUUCAGAAUAAAGCGAUAUCGGCAUCGGAGCAGGUGCUGGGACUAGUGUCCCAAUUUCAGAAGAACAGCAAACUGUAAAAAAUAUAAAUGAAUAGAUCAUAUUGUACCUUUAAUCUACUUCCUGUUUGGGUUGCAGGUUUGCGCGUGUUGUAAAUGACAUUAACUAAGACAUAUUUUUCUGCUUUUUUUUGGUCAAGUAUACAAAUCAGUCUCAGACGAAGCACCGAAUGGCCAUUUUUAAAUGGAUAUUAGAACAUUUUCCUCAUGACAUAACCCCAUCUUGCCCCAUCUGCUAUUUGUCUCAUUAUUAUUUUUUAGAAAAAAUUGAAUCAUGGAAGUGAUUUUCAGGACAAACUGCAGCUAAUGAAGCACAGGGAAUCUGUCAAUGCAGAAGCAGGUUCAUGGAUAAUGGUGUGGAAUGGUGAAGGAGUAACCAGAGUGUUCAUCUACUGUGAUAAAUGACGUUUAGGUUCUUUCAUGUGGCUGAGCUCUCACACUGAAUAGUGGGACACAAUGGGAUUAUAUUUUUCCUCCUCUUUGGUUGUGUUUAUAUAUACACCUGCUGUUGCACUGCUUAUAGUAAAGCUCAAUACACAGUCAUGAAAUCACAGACUAGAAAUAUUAUUUCAUAAUGAAUAACUAUACGUUAUUCUGUGUGUGUAUGUGUGUCUCACAUGGCCGAUCACAUUAUACUAUUACUGCUCCAUCCAACCUACUGGACCACACACAUUUGAUUCUUCCUUGUAUUUUGUUAUUUAUGUAUAUAUUUUUUCAGGUUUUUUCUCUCACACACACAGACACACAACUAUUCUCUCCAGACAGCCAUCGUGGACGUCCUAACUGCUCUGUACAGGUGCCAAGCAGGGCUCAUAUCAGCCUACAGCCCAUUGUUGUGAAAUAAUAUAUCACAGCAAGUUGACUGUGAAAUUACAUUUUAUCUCUCAAAGGAGCCAAACUUUCUUUUCAUUUUUUCACGUGCUAUCUCUCUCUACCCCCACCCCUUUACGCCGCUCCGUGUCCUAGAAACUAAUGGAGUGAGAAAUAAAGUUAAAGUAAAUGGCUAGAUUGAUGGUGUUCAGUUGUGAAGAAGGGGGGAGGAGAAUAAAGAGGCAUAAAAAGGACAGUUGAUUAAAGGAUGCCCUUGAGAGACGAGUGUGAGCGCCUCCAGAGAUAUUGGUGACAACAAGAAGCGCAUACAUCUUUGUGCACAGAAAAGCGAGGGGGACACACACAUGGAAGAAAAGAAAAGAAAAAAGUCUGCACCAUCCUGCUGUUUCACAACGGAGGUGGCUGGACAAUGUGGUAUUGGUUGCCAUGGAAACAACACUGAUGUGAUGCACACAUGCCAGUUGCUUUGAGUCACCUUUAUCAAAGAAUGACCAGUGGGAGGGAGUAGUUUUGGUUAAAAAGCCACCAGCUGUUAAUUAAAGCUCUAAAUGAUAUUUUAUGAAAGUAGUGACUUUUUAAAAGCGGUCAGGCGUUUAUCUUCAGACUAAUAAGACAAACUGGUCAUAUGAUUAACAGCUACAACACUGAAACCAGAUUAAUUGCUGCAGCAGAUCCUUAUAAAAAAAAAAAAGAAUAUAAAUGUCCUCUGUGGACAAGUCAAAGGAUAAAUCAAUCCAUGCGCUACACUUUGUGGCAAGUCUUGAUUGGUUUAAAUGCAAACAAACGGUGCAAUGCUUGUAAAGUGAUAAGGUUAAUUUGAAAAGCGGUUCGCAAAUGAAGUUAGUCUGAAAACAUAAAAUACUGCCACAGAUUCAACAGUUUGUAUCAUAAAGCACCGGUGAUCAAACAGUGAAACUGUCUUUCCUUGUAAAAUGUAGGAAUAAAUAUUCUGAUCAUGGAAGUUUUCCAUUUUCCUGCCAAGACCAGUUUUGAUUUUCAUGUAAUCUGAUUGCAGUUUUGUCAUAUUCCCAGUCGUACAUGGGUUCAUAAUAGAUUCGCAGCCAACUUCAAUAUUGUGCUGCUCCGUUGUCUGACACGUCUUUGUGCCAGUGCGUGCCAAAAUCCAGAAGAAGAGCUAAUUAGAAUUGAUUACAAACUAUCUGCUGGGGAGAUUCAUGCUCAGUCUUGAAAUAAUCCAGUAAUUCAGAGAAUCCUUUUUAAUUUUUCAAGAUGUUAGGUGCACGCAUGCCUGGCAGUGGUCCGUGUCAUUGGGAGGAAAUUGCUUUACAAAUGAAGCUAAUCCAUUUUUUACAGAUCAAAGUGACUAGAAAGCGGAGUGUAGCGAUGAGGCUGGAGAUUUAAAUACCUUUGUUCUCAUCUGCAAUGUGAGUUUUAAAGGACACAGACGACAGUUUGAGAAACUCUUACAUCUGGUAUUUAACAAUAAUCAGAAGUGCUUUAAAAACAUGAUUAGUAUCUUUUUUCCUGACCAUAAUUUUUAUAUAUCAUCCAUCAGAAGUGUUCGAUUGUUUUACAGAACACUGACACGUGUUCAAAUUCAGUGAUGCACAAUGUCCUUGUAAUAAAUAUAAUCAUUCAACUAAUGACAAUCUCAAAUGCACUUACAGAACAGAAAUUAUAAAAAUGUUGUGGGCCAGGAUGUUACUUCUAAAAGGUAAUAUCCAUACAAGCUUCAGCUUCCUCAAAUAUUAAUGAUUGCUCAUAAAGUGAUUCCUACACUUUAGUGCUUACAAAGGUCAAGCCUUGAGAGCAAGAAAAAUGAGUUCUUAAUAUUAUUCACAUUUGCUUUGAUAUAUGAUUUAUCUUUUUUAAUUAAAACAGUUUAUCCACAAAAACUCUAAAUCUACUUUGGUUCCUGUAGUGUAUUUUGACUAGAUUUUGUUGUCAGGUGAAAACAUUUCACCUGACAUGUUUUGGUCGGCUCCGUGCCGGUUUCGUGUUUUGUUUGUGGUUUUUUGUUGCAGAUUUCCAGUGCUUGACGUGUGUUUCCGUGUGUUCCUGCUUCCUGGAUUGGCAGUGGAUGUCGUCACCCCCCAAAAAA